AGAGCGGCGGCGGCGGCGGCGGCGGCGGGGCCGGGGCGCGGGGGCGCGGGGGCGCGGCGGGCGGCAGGGGCGGGGGACAGGAUGCGGAUGCCGGGGGGACUUCCUGUGCCGGCCCCCGCGCCCGCGCCCCCGGCCCGGCCCGCGGCCGCACGGACGCACUCCCGGGAGGGCGGGCGAGCCCAGCGGGACCCGGCCCGGCCGCUGCGCCCGCCCCCCUCCUCCCCUCCCCGCCCCGGCCCCCGCGCGGCCCGGCCCAGGCCGCCCGCGGGUUCCGGGCACCUGUAGCCCCCGAGGACCCGCGUCGCCUGGCCGCCGCCGACCCCAGGCUGGGCCACCCCGCAGUGCCGACCCCGGGCGCCGGCCUGGACCCGGUUGCCCGCCACGGUCCCGCGGGGCCGGCCCUGAGCUCCGCGCUGGAUUCGAGGCGCUGCCUCCCGCCCCGGCCCCCACCCGAGAGUCUCCGCCAACUUCUGCUCGCCCGCUCCUCUCGGCCCCUUUCCUUGGCCCAGGGCGACCUUGGAAGCCCAGACCGCACGGACCCUCCCGAGUGUCCAGAUAGCCUCUGGGGUGCCCCGGCGCCUCCCGGCUCUUUCUGGAUGGAGGCGCCUCCGGAAGGAGCGGGCUGCACGCAGUGGCCUUCACCUCGCAGCCUCUGCUGACCACACCUCCCCUAGCGCAGAGGCUGCCCCGGGAGCAGGAAAUGCUCCACCAGCACAGCCGACUCCGGGGAAUCUGGGUCUGACCGCCAGGAUGGAGGUGGGGCCAGCCACCGAGACCUUCGUGCUGGAACUUCGAUGUCUUGAAGAUGGCGGCCCAGGGCCUGACACCCUCUCAGGUGGCAGUGGUGGGAGCGAGAGUCAGGAGGAGGAAGAGCCUCAGGAGGGGAGCAGCAGUCCACAGCGGCCAGCAGUCUCAGCCCUGGUGGGGGCCAGUGAAAUCGCUGAGGAAGCCCAGCCAGGACAAUGGGAGUUGCCACUGCAGCAGUCAGAACAGCAGCCUGAGCUGCAGCAGCAUGAGGAGCUUCAACAGCCACAGCCACACCCAGAACUGCAGCAGCAGCAGCAAGAUAGGCACCAGCAGCUGUCUCAACUACAGGAAAAACACCCAUCCAUGCACCAUCAGGAACUGAAACCAGAACUGCAGCUAAUAUACCAGCAGCAACAGCCACAGCCACAGCCAGUGCAAGAGCAGCAGCAGGAGCAGUUGCAGCCGCAGCAAGCACAAGAACCACAGGUGUUGCAGCAGCAGGAACAGCUACGGCAGCAAGUGCAAGAGCAACAGCUGCUGCAGCAACAGGAGGAACAGUUACAACAGCAGCAGCUGCAGCCUCCUCCCUUGGAGCCCGAGGAGGAGGAAGAGGUGGAGCUGGAGCUCAUGCCGGUGGACCUGGGGUCCGAGCAGGAGCUGGAGCAGCAGCGGCAGGAGCUGGAGCGGCAGCAGGAGCUGGAGCGGCAGCAGGAGCAGCGGCAGCUGCAGCUGAAACUGCAGGAGCAGCUGCAGCAGCUGGAGCAACAGCUGGAGCAGCAGCAGCAGCUAGAGCAGCAGCAGCUGGAGCAGCAAGAGGUGCAGCUGGAGCUGACCCCGGUGGAGCUGUGCACCCAGCAGCAAGAGGUGCAGCUGGAGCUGACCCCGGUGCAGCCGGAGCUGCAGCUGGAACUGGUGCCAGCCGCAGGAGGCGGCGGAGCAGCGGUUCCCGGGGCUCCAUCCGCGGUUGUGGUGGCCCCUCCGGGCUACGUGGUGCUGCAGGAGCUCAUGGUGCUGCCCGCCGUGGCCGCGCCGGCAGUAGUGGCCAUCCCGGGCCCCGCGGGCAGUGCGGCGCUGACCCCCGCGCGGCAGCGGCGGCGGCGGCGCGCCCGAGACCGGCCGACCAUCUGCGGGGAGUGCGGCAAGGGCUUCAGCCGCAGCACUGACCUGGUGCGCCACCAGGCCACGCACACCGGCGAGCGACCACACCGCUGCGGGGAGUGCGGCAAGGGCUUCUCGCAGCAUUCGAACCUGGUGACGCACCAGCGCAUCCACACCGGUGAGAAACCCUACGCCUGCUCCUACUGCGCCAAGCGCUUCAGCGAGAGCUCAGCGCUCGUGCAGCACCAGCGCACCCACACGGGGGAGCGACCCUACGCCUGCGGGGACUGCGGCAAGCGCUUUAGCGUCUCCUCCAACCUGCUGCGCCAUCGGCGCACGCACUCGGGCGAGCGGCCCUACGUGUGUGAGGACUGCGGCGAGCGCUUCCGACACAAGGUGCAGAUCCGCCGCCAUGAGCGCCAGCUGCACGGCGCGGGCCGCUCCCGAGGCCUCGGCCUGCUGCGCGCCUCGCGACCUGCGGCCCUCAGCGGCCCAGCCCGCACGGACCAGGCUGCGGCGGCAACUGCGCCCCCAGACAAGGCACUGUGAGGCCAUGAUCAGGGCUGCCUGGUCGGGAGGGGACCCCCCCCCCCACCCACCUCCACCUGAAAAGCUCCUCGAUCAGGGUUCGUGGGUGCUGGAGGCAUCCUGGAAUAUCCCUGCAGUAAAAGGCUUCCAUCCUCAUCAUCAUUCCCGGAUUCCCUGAGAAAUACCAAGGUUCACAGAUUCGCCGCCAGGAAAAAAAAAAAAAAAAAAAAAAAAAUCUGCCAAAAGAGAAGCAGACUGGGGCUGAAACAGCACACGGGACAUGUUUCUCUGCUCUUUGAGAGGCCUGCCAAAAAUUGCCCCCCUGGGAAAACUGGACAUAUUACAAAAGAAGAAAAACUCCCAGUGGCAAGACAGUGAAUGACAUUGGACGAGGACAGGACACCUACCAGGGAAUCAAAGACGUGGUGAGACACACACGGAAAAAGCUUCAAUCCUGGUGAAAAUGAUCCCAAGGAGAUAUUCGGGGAGGAAGCAAACUUGUUUGCACUAUGUAGAAACUGAUCAAGGCAUUGAAUCGUCCUUAGUGACAUUUGCCUUGAAAAUACUUUCUAGGAUGAAAAUUCAUCAGGGUGGGUAUAAUUCUGAUGAAAACGCCUGUGUUCAUCACACAGGUCAGACUGCUCAUGGGGUCAAUGUGCAAAUCGAAGCCAGGAAGUCCUGCUCUGGGUGGAAGGUGGAACCUUCCCUCCAGGGAACCAGGGGCUCUGGUGGGCAUUGGAGGCAGGUUCUUGGCCUUUGCUGCCAUGCCCCCCAGUCUCCCCAGUCCCCAUUAAUGUCCUCUUGAAUAAGAGCCUGUGGCUGAAGCAGAGGGUGUUCUGGGAGAGCUCUCCAAAGUCUGGAAGGAGGGUCCCCCAGAAGGAGCUCUGGGGUAGCCUCACUGUGGCCCCCCGACUCCACCAGCUUCGUGCUUCUCAGAUGCCACCCAGGGUCGGGCAUGGGGAGACUGGGGCAUAUUUCUCCUGUGUCAGGCUAUGGGGCUUUGGAGGGCUGCCUGAGCAGACCCUGCCCCAUGUUUGGGGCUGGGGAAAGAAUGUCUGGGACAAGGAUUGGGAGCAAUGCUCUUUAUCACGUUUACCAAAUCGUCUGGGGCAGGGGCUAUGAGCAGCAGCAGUUGCUGGUGCCUUGUGGGAAGGUGGGGUGGGGAGGAGGCCACCCGCCACCUCUGCCCCCAGUCACUUCCUGCUCCACCUGACUCUUCACGUGUGGCUGCUUAAUUCCUGCCCCUCUCUCCCCAGCUGCUUCUCCUUUACUAACACACCUGCUACAUUUUACACGUGUUGGUAAGUGAGAAACAGAAACAAAAAAUAAAAUACAGAAAUACAA